AACCACGUGUAUGUUUAAAGAAAAUAGAAAACAUAAAUUGUUUUGAAAAUUAAAUGUUUAUUGUAUGAAAUAGCGUAGUGAAUUAAUAUUAUGGAUGUCAAACAAGAACAUAACCGGGAACUAACUUGCAUUUUAUUCCCUGGCAUUGUUAAAAAUGAGGAAAAAGCAGUUCAAUGUUUGGGAGGAAUAAAAACAAUUUCCCAGAUAUGUGCACAGCCAUCCAAAAAGCAACUUGCAUUGUCAUUUAAUCCAGAAAAUCCCCUAAUUAAGACAGCUAACGCUGAUGCUAAAGCCACAGCAGGUGUACUUCUUAAAGUCAAGGUUAAGAAGUUUCGAGAUAAGGGAAAUAUAAAAACUGAAGUUGUAGACACGUCUGUGCUGGGUCAUGUGAAGAAAAUUUAUAAAUUUGACACCAUCUGUGAUUUUCAAUAUUUACCAUUAAAAAACACAAACACUGGUAAACCUGAAUGUGCGCUGGAGGAUAUAAUACCAUCUGGACUAGAUGAUUUGAAGUUUAUGGAACAGCCUUCACCACUAUACAUUGUCCCGGGAAGUUUCAUAAGAUUUGACAAGCCCAUCAACUACUAUUACACUGACAAAAGGAGCUAUGUUGCCAAAAAUGAGGAUGUGCUUGGUGAUAGGGAUGAAGUACACAAAAUGAGGACAGAGCGAGGAGUGCCAAUACCAAAAUAUCAGUUUAAUUUAACUGAUGAACUGCCAACUGAACCUCAUGAGUAUUUUAUAGAAGUCAAGAAUAGUAAGAUCGUUGGAAAUCCUCAGCUAGAGCAAGAGUUUGAGACUGUGAAAAAGAUGUUCGAAGAGCGUCCAAUAUGGUCUUAUAAUCAUAUAAAACAUCACACAAAAAUAAAAAUGGCAUCAUUGAAAAUUAUCUUGCCGUGUCUGGGAUUGCAUAAUAGAACUGGGCCAUGGAAAAUGUCUUGGAUGAAAUUUGGCUACGACCCACGGAAAGAGCCACAAGCUAGAUUUUACCAAACCCUUGAUUUUAGGCUGAGACAUGCAGUUACAUACGAUCAAGUGACUUCAAGAAGAGAACGAAGUUUCAAGAAAGUGCCGUUAGACGAGUCUUCCGCAGAAGAGCACAUACCUGAAGGGUCGGUGUACUUCAAGCCUUUUACGAUUCCUCCUCAACGGCAGAUAUAUUAUAUGUAUUGUGAUAUACAAGUGCCGGAGGUUCAAGAAAUACUGUCCGUCGAGCCUCCAACGGGCUACCUCUGCCACCCCAAGAGGGGUUGGCUCGCACCCGACACAGCUCAAAGGUGUCGCGAUAUCAUAUUCAAAUAUAUCAAACAGGCAGUAUUAGAAAAUAAGUCUGCGGAACUCAAACUUGAGCAAGGGAGCAGCGGCGAUGAAAUGGACACUGAUGAUGAAGAAGCGAGUGGAACAGCUGAUACUUCAGUUGCCGAUAUAGAUUGAUUGUGUGGAAAUAUACGAGCUAUUUUGAUUUUAUG